GUGGGGAGGGGCGCGCGGAUCAUGGCAUUGGAGUUCCUGGGCUUGCAGCUGCCGCCGCCGCCUCGUCCACGCAACCCGAGCGCCCCUUCUUCCCCAAGCAGCAGCGGAGAAGGCGAAGCGGCCGGCGGGGGCGAGGCAGAUGGGGCUCAAGGCGCGCAGGGCGGCGGGGGCGGCUGGCGGCGGCGGCGACGGGGGCGGCGGAGGCGGCGGGGCCGCUAACCCAGCCGGAGGGGACGCGGCGGCGGCCGGCGACGAGGAGCGGAAAGUGGGGCUGGUGCCCGGAGACGUGGAGCAAGUCACCUUGGCGCUUGGAGCCGGAGCUGACAAAGACGGGACCCUGCUACUAGAGGGCGGUGGCCGCGACGAGGGGCUGCGGAGGACCCCGCAGGGCAUCGGGCUCCUGGCCAAGACCCCGCUGAGCCGCCCGGUCAAGAGGAACAACGCCAAGUACCGGCGCAUCCAAACUUUGAUCUACGACGCCCUCGAGAGACCGCGGGGCUGGGCGCUGCUGUACCACGCGCUGGUGUUCCUGAUUGUCCUAGGGUGCUUGAUUCUGGCUGUGCUGACCACCUUCAAGGAGUACGAAACUGUCUCCGGAGACUGGCUCCUGCUGCUGGAAACAUUCGCUAUUUUCAUCUUUGGAGCCGAGUUUGCUUUGAGGAUCUGGGCCGCCGGAUGUUGCUGUCGGUACAAAGGCUGGAGGGGACGACUGAAGUUUGCCAGGAAGCCCUUGUGCAUGCUGGACAUCUUCGUGCUGAUUGCCUCUGUGCCGGUGGUUGCUGUGGGAAACCAGGGAAAUGUCCUGGCCACCUCCCUGCGAAGCCUGCGCUUCCUGCAGAUCCUGCGCAUGCUGCGGAUGGACCGAAGGGGUGGCACCUGGAAGCUCCUGGGCUCGGCCAUCUGCGCCCACAGCAAAGAACUCAUCACCGCCUGGUACAUCGGCUUCCUGACCCUCAUCCUGUCCUCCUUUCUGGUCUACCUGGUGGAGAAGGAUGUGCCCGAGGUGGACGCGCAAGGAGAGGAGAUGAAGGAGGAGUUUGAGACCUAUGCGGACGCCCUCUGGUGGGGUCUGAUCACACUGGCCACUAUUGGCUAUGGGGACAAAACUCCCAAGACGUGGGAAGGCCGUCUGAUUGCUGCCACCUUUUCCUUAAUUGGUGUCUCCUUCUUUGCCCUUCCAGCGGGCAUCCUGGGGUCAGGGUUGGCCCUCAAGGUACAGGAGCAGCACCGUCAGAAGCACUUUGAGAAAAGGAGGAAGCCAGCUGCUGAGCUCAUCCAGGCUGCCUGGAGGUAUUAUGCUACCAACCCAAACAGGAUCGACCUUGUGGCAACGUGGAGAUUUUAUGAAUCAGUCGUCUCUUUUCCAUUCUUCAGGAAAGAACAGCUGGAGGCAGCCGCCAGCCAAAAGCUGGGUCUCUUGGAUCGGGUUCGCCUUUCUAAUCCUCGUGGUAGCAAUACUAAAGGAAAGCUAUUUACCCCUCUGAAUGUAGAUGCCAUAGAAGAAAGUCCUUCUAAAGAGCCAAAGCCUGCUGGCUUAAACAAUAAAGAGCGCUUCCGCACCGCCUUCCGCAUGAAAGCCUACGCUUUCUGGCAGAGCUCCGAAGAUGCUGGGACAGGCGAUCCCAUGGCAGAAGACAGGGGCUACGGAAAUGACUUCCCCAUCGAAGACAUGAUCCCCACCCUCAAGGCCGCCAUCCGAGCCGUCAGAAUUCUGCAAUUCCGUCUCUAUAAAAAAAAGUUCAAGGAGACCUUGAGGCCUUAUGACGUGAAGGAUGUGAUUGAGCAGUAUUCCGCAGGCCACCUCGACAUGCUUUCCAGGAUAAAGUACCUUCAGACCAGAAUAGACAUGAUUUUUACCCCUGGACCUCCAUCCACGCCGAAACAUAAGAAGUCUCAGAAAGGGACAACUUUCACCUAUCCAUCCCAGCAAUCUCCCAGGAAUGAACCAUAUGUAGCCAGAGCAUCCACAUCGGAAAUGGAAGACCAAAGUAUGAUGGGGAAGUUUGUCAAAGUCGAAAGACAGGUUCAUGACAUGGGGAAGAAGCUGGAUUUCCUUGUGGACAUGCAUAUGCAGCAUAUGGAGCGGCUGCAGGUGCAUGUCACCGAGUACUACCCGACCAAGGGGACCUCCUCGCCAGCUGAAGGGGAGAAGAAAGAGGACAACAGGUAUUCUGAUUUGAAAACCAUCAUCUGCAACUAUUCUGAGACAGGUGCCCCUGAUCCCCCCAACAGCUUCCACCAGGUGCCCAUCGACAAAGUCAGCCCCUAUAGGUUUUUUGCACAUGACCCGGUGAACCCGCCCCGAGGGGGACCCAGUUCCGCAAAGGUUCAGGCCACUCUGCCUUCCUCGGCGUCCACAUAUGCAGAGAGGCCCACCGUCCUGCCGAUCUUGACUCUUCUCGACUCCCGAGUGAGUUACCACUCCCAGGCUGAACUGCACGGCCCCUACUCGGACCACAUCUCGCCCCGGCAGAGGCGUAGCAUCACGCGGGACAGCGACACACCUCUGUCCCUGAUGUCUGUCAAUCAUGAAGAGCUGGAGCGGUCUCCGAGUGGCUUCAGCAUCUCCCAGGACAGAGAUGAUUAUAUGUUUGGCCCCAGUGCGGGGUCGAGCUGGAUGAGGGAGAAGCGGUACCUCGCCGAGGGUGAGACGGACACCGACACGGACCCCUUCACGCCCAGUGGCUCCAUGCCUCUGUCGUCCACAGGGGACGGGAUUUCGGAUUCAAUAUGGACCCCUUCCAACAAGCCCUCUUAAAAGGGGUCACUGGCUGACUCCUCCUUGUAAUGUAGACAGACUCUGUAUAGUUCACUUACUCUCACAUCCAGCGCUUACCAGCAGGGACACCAAUGGCUGCAUCAAGUGCAUGCGCGUGCGUGGUGGCCCCCCGCGAGCAGGGGCUUCUCACGACCUUCUUCCUCCCACGUCGCCACAACGAAGCUGCUUCCUUUCAGCAUGGUUUGCAUGACUUGACACUAUAUAAAUGGUACCGCUAAUCUCUUCUAGGACACACAUUUAUCUGCUCUUCUUCCUUUUAAUCAUGACUGGACCAGUACCGGGAGAAAUUAUUAAUAAGCCGUGCUGUUUAUUGGUUUGGUUGGCUGGUUUGGGUUUUGUUUUGGUAAGCAGAGAAUAGAAUUUCCUUUUUUUUUUUUUUCCUUAAGGAUCACUGCCCCUUUGUGUAAAAUACUCUGGUAAUUAACAGUUUUCUAAAGCAAGAAAAUAAUUUUCUCCACGAAAACACAUGGCAUGCCAAGAGGCUUCCUACUGAGCAGACACAAAGAAAGAUAGUCAUCCAAUCUCCCAAACCAAGAAUUUUAGAAAGGAUUUUGUUAAGGGAAAGUCCACAAAGUCCAAAAAGUCCAUUUCAAAGCUCUCAAAGGGACCUCCUUUGGUCUGCCUCUUUCCUCAUCUGUAAAAAGGUGUUGGUGACCCCAAGUGUAGAAUUUCACAUGUGUUACGAAUCAGAGGGGAGAAAUUACACCACACGCACACACAGUAAAUACACACCCGACAGACACAAGCACACAAACUAAAGUAGUUCCCAAAUUGUGUAGGCAAAGAUAAUGAAAUUUGCCAGAAGUGAAGAGCCCCUCUAGGCAGGAGCUAAGUUCAGUAUCUUCAAAAUAAGGUUCCAAUUCACAUUCUUCUCCAUAUCCAAAGCAGAAAUUACAAUCAAGAGGGGAUGCAGUAAUUAUAUUUUCUAAAUUAUUCUUUUCAGAAAUGAGAAAUCUUAGGCUCAGGUAUAAUGACAUGGCUGGGGUCACUCUGUUGUCCCAUGCAGAACCAGGACUCAAAGCCCCAUCUGCUGACUCCCUCCCUACCCUGGACUCUUCCCUCCUCUCUAUCAUUAGGACCCAGAAAUCAUGCCAAGACACCAGUAUUCUGUGUCAUGUGGGAAGCAAUUGCCAUAGUUUAUCCAGGGGAAGAGGCUGUCUGCUUUUAUUGCAAAAUAUGCUUACUCAAUACAUUGCAUUUGGGAUUCAGAAAAAAAUUACACAAACAAGCUUGAUCUAUUAUUAAGUAAGUAGGCAAAAUCUCCAGAACCAUCCAAUUUUACUCCUACAGACUUUUUUCAGUGAAAAUACUAGAACUGCGCAUAGCCAUAACUCACGGAGGGUAAGCGUAUGGCCUGAAGAGCACUAUUGUAAAAGCAUUAAUAUUCAGCACAAGUCACCUGUGGCCUCUUCAGAGAUAUUACAACUCUCUCAAAGACUGAUAGAAAAGGCUUCUGUUAGGCGUGGGCUACACUAGCUAAAGGGCCACACCAUAGUAUCUAUGGUCUUACUCUGCUCACCCAUCUAAGCACUGGUUGUGUGGGUAGUUGCCAUGGUGACCACCAAGAUGAUGGAAAUGACCUAAACCAAUGUCUACCUGCAACUGCUACCAAUGUUCUCCUCCUUGACAGGAGCCAUAGUUGCUAUGGCAGACAUUUGGUUGAUGGUUUCAUGAAGACCUCAUCCAGGUAUCCUGCCCUGAGUUGGAAAGAAAUUGCUUAGAGGUUGGUUCCAUUCAACACAUAUGCCAAUGGGUCAUGUACAAAAGGCUAAAAAUAUAGCAGUGCUUAAAGCUUGGCUCCUGACUUUAAGCACUUAAAACCAAAGCCCGAACAAAGGCAGACACUGUGAAUGGUAGAAGGGAGUUGUACAUGGAGGGUCCCAUGAACGGAUGGGUAUUGACCUUGAAAUUGAGGCAGGAAGAACACAAGAAUGAUCACACGCAUCAGACAUGAAGCCCUCCCCUGUGGCUUUCCACUGGGCUUCAUGGCAUUCUGGGAGGCAAAGGGUAUGGACCAUUUCAUCCCUUUUUCCACUCCCUUCAACAUGGCUUCAGUAAUGCUACCGGGGCCAAAACCCAAGAAACUUUAUGCUCCUUCCUAAGGGUUUAGCUCUUCAUUCUCAUCCUCCUGGAAUCUUUUGCCAGAACUGACUGUGCUGCCUACCAUCUAACAAGUAACUCUGCUGGUCUUUAUGUAUUUGAGUUAUUUAAAGAAAAAAAAGAUGGAGAAUGAAUCAAAUUCUCCAUAUAUGCAUAAAUUAUAUUUCUAAUAUGUCAAUAUUCCUGCAGAAUCUAUUAACAUCAAUAUAUUAUAAGCAGAUAUGUUUUUCAAGAAUUUGAUAGAGUUCUUGGUCAAAAGAGUGAAAUCUUUUUAGCUCUAAGUGGGAAGUAUUUACCAUGGACUCAAAGUUAGAAAGGGUAUGCAGAAAUUGUCUUUUCUAAGUUAAAGUUAGAGAAACUUUCUUAAUGUUCUUUUAGUACCCUACUGAGAAGUGGAACCUGUAUCAUUUCCCAAACCAAGGGUGGGCAGUCUAGCUUCUGCAUGGGCUCCUAAGUCCAAGAACUGAAUUUUUGUUGAUAGCCAUAUGUCACCAACAUCUAGUAAGUUUUCUUAUUAGCUAUCAGUGUGGAUACAGAAAAAUAUGCAUUUCAUGAAUUAAUAAGAAUCUUAAAACUGUUUUUCCCACCUAAGAAAACAAAAAAAGAAGAAGAAAAUUGAUCUUCAAUAAUUCUGGUUUGAUAUUCCUUUUUGUCCCCAAAAAAAUACAUUCUAGGAAAGCAAACCAAACCUGUUCAAGUUGUGUGCCCACAGACAACAUUACAACAGAGCUGGUAUUGAGGAAGCAGGAGUUUAAUGACCAAGAUGGAAUAUUUAAGUGAUGGGGAGAAACAGUGUGUGCUUCCACAAAGGUCCUUCUGUUGGACAAAAGAAUUACCCACAAGAAUUGGCUAAUAAUAUGCCCCAAGAUUAUAAUAUGCACCAAUGGGUUUCCAAUUUUCCAGGAUCACAGGGGUUUGGGCCAAAUCCCUUGAAAUAGUGACAAAUCAAUUACAUCAAAAACUAGGAAUGAUCUUCUCAAGUAAAACCAUGAUCUCAUUUUAUUUGUUUGUCCUCUGUGUGUUAUAAUGUGAUGUAUAGAAAAGGUAAGAGGUGAGACUAAGUGUGUAAAGCACUUGCCCAGCAGGUGAUAUCCCAGACUUAAUCUUCAGAACAACAACAAAAAGAGUAAAUUCAAUAAGUACAAGAAAGAAAAUAAUUUGGAACCAGGGAUUAAGUUCACUGAUAGCAUACAUACGCACUAUUCACAAGGUCCUUGGUUCAAUCCCCUGUACCACACACCCACGCAUGCACACAAAUUUUUAAAGAGGUCAAAUUUUAGGAAGAUCAAAAUGAAUAAAAUAAAUUAACUUUACAAAUGUUAGACAAAAUGAGAUUCUACUGGGGUGAGAAAAAACACUUGAGAUGAAGCAUGAGUUUGACUAUAAAACACUAGCACACAAGCAAGCACCAAAAGAUUGUUUUUAAAGUGGGAGACAAAAAGAGAACCACUAAAUUGAGAAAAAUCUUUUCAAUGACUGUAUUCGUUCUUAGAACUGAGACUUUAGAGUUAUUAGAUAUGACACUGAUAUUAUUAAGCUCUAGUUUUUAUUAAAAACAAACCACUACCACCACCACCACCACCACCACCACUACAACAACAACAACAACAAAAAAAAAAACAGGAAAACCCCAAACUGUAGAGGUCAACACAAACUAAUUAGUCAACUGUUACACAUCUAUGUCUAUCCGAUUCAGGCACUUUGUACUUUGAGUUGAAAGAGUAAUUAGCUAUAGAAAACCUAACAUAACAGAAUCCACUCAUGAUUUGCCAAAACUAUUUUUAUAAUUCUAUGCUACUGUAAUGAGAGUGUAAUAAAGAAAAAUUCAUUUGUUUAUUCA